GUUAGGUUCAGUAGGGGGCUUGCUAUAAGAAUUGCUGUUUGACCUUUUGUAUCCUGUAUUUUAUAGGUGGUCCCUUCUGGUCUUGCCAACUUUUCAUAGAUUCAGAGUUUCUAUUUAAUAUCUAAACGGCCCUUCAACAAAAACAGGGGUGAGAAGGGUGAUACACUAUUUCUGAUGUCUUGCCUAUGUAAGAAAAAUGCAUCUCUUUGGAGAGUCUUUACAUUUGAGUGCCUUUUGCCAUCUAGAACUAGAAAUUACCACUUUGAAGGGACAUCAGCUUGAAAUUCACCAUUAAGAUCUUGAGGGACCUUUCUGUAAAUCCCUCUCCCAGUUUUAUGAUAAAUUUUCCAUGCUUUUUCUCUUGUUAUAUAAUAGCAAUUUUUCUAUGAUUGUCAAAAUCUUGCAUCUGUACGCACAGACCAGAAGGAGAGCCCUGUUGUUCCUGUCCAUAAAGUGCACCAGCAAGUCCUUUACACUGCCUUCAUGCAGCUUUACCAGUGCAGAAUCUUCUCUCCAGUUCCAUCUCUGCUUCAGAAAUACUGUGUAUUAUUUCAUAUAAUAAAGGAAAUCAGAAUUUUGGAAUAAACAUUACAUAGAGGCAAUAGAAAUCUAGUUUAUACAAAACCAUGGAAACCUGUUUGCUGCUUCUGUAAGAAGGGAAGAAUUUCCCAGCCAUCAGGCACCUGGAAGUGGUUGAUGGGGUAGACUAAGGAACAUUAUGGAAAUGGCACACAAAGACUAGCUAGCAAAAUAUAUGGUACCCUCUAGUUUUCUAUCUCAAACUUAUAACCCAUAGCUGUUCCAUCUAGCAUUUGUGUUGUGAGAAACUGGACUUCCCUCUCUCCUCUCUCCCCUUGUGGUCCUGGAAGAAAUAUGAGAGGAAGAAGAAUCUGCUAGCUCUACUGAAAAAGCAGUCCUGAGGCUUCAGCCGGUUCUCCAACUUUCUCCCCCUCCCCACACACGCACACUCCUCUCCCUGUUUUAUACAUCCCAUCAAAGUAAAAGGAGCGUUGGGAUUGGGACUAAAAAAUGUUAAUGUGUUUUGUGUUUUUAAAACUAAUUGACCUGCAUGUGUGCUGCAUUUGAAUUCUUCCACUUCCAUGUGGUGCCAGGCUAAGUGAAGGUGGGAGAAGAGUGUUCUAAAUGCAUUCUACUGUCACAAACUGGAAUUAAAAGGACACACAACCACAGGAUGCAUGUGAACAUCAUUAGAUCCCAGGAAUAAUAUUGUGUAUGCAGAAUAUCUUGGUGACAAUGAGUUACUUACUUGCUAAAGCUUAAAUGGACUUUAAAGCCUCAAAGAUUUAAUAAUUUGCAAUCUAAACAUGUUUUGCUCCAUUUCCGUUUGCAUUUUGGAGGAAAGGAGGUUCCAAAAAGAAAAACCUAGCACUGUGAUUAAACUUAAAGGAGGGUGAUCUCAAAAUAACAGGACUCAGAUGCAAGGAAACCAAUAUCCUAGACUUGUUAUGGAAGUUACAUAAGAAUGCCAUAGUUAAGUCACUUACCUCAUGCAUUUAUGCUAAAUUAAAAAGAACCGGUGAUGCAGGAAUGCAAGACUUAAAGUUUAUAUGCUUGAAUGAUAAGGUUCAAAGAGAUUAUUUCUAAUAAACUAAAAUCCUUCAAAGGCUGAAAAUCUAGGCCAGAUAAAGUCAAUAAAAGAAGUGCAUGCAGUUUACCUUGCAUAAUUUAAUCUGAAAAUUUGAAGUAGGAGGUCAAAGAGGAGAUUUGAAAGGCAAUUAGAAAAAAAAAAACCCUUUUCUUUACCUAGUAAUCUACAAGACCUAUCAAUUCUCUUACAGUCUUUUAAUAUUAAAGGGGGGCAAUAAAGGAGGGUAGAGAAACUUCAUAGAAGCUAAAUGGCUUCCUUUUAUUAGUUUUUCAGAAAAGAGGAUAUUUGAAGGGCCUGAUUGUUUUACAUAAUAAUGAUGAGGUACUGACAGGCUAACAGCAAUGAGGAAAUGUUGGAACAAAUUGGUAAAUUAGACACGAGUACUGAAAAAACUUCCAAAUUAAAUAAUUGUAAUAAUAAUUAAAUAAUUGUGUAAUUUUUGUAAGAGCUUUGUUUUGUUGGAUAUUAUGUUAUAGUCCUCCACAUAACAUUUUACUUGUCUAACAGAGAAACAGCAUGGUUUUAGAAAAUGUGGACCAGUUAUUUUUCAGUACCGGGUAAUUUAGUUGGACUGAUAACCUAAAAUGACUGAGCAGGCUAUUACUACGUGAAAUGUUGCAGUAAAAUACUGCAUAAAAUAGUGGGAUUAUGUAUGUUGUGUAUUGUAUUUGGGUUUCAACAGGAUUCUUCCCUCUCCCCAACUUUGUUGGUUCUUUUUUUUAAUACCAAAUGUAAUCCAUGUAUGGAACUCUUUAUCUUAAAAUGCUAUGUUUGGGGAAAAUUGGGUUAAAAACAUUUAAACAUGAAAACAUUCACAAUGUUGAGAGCUUUUACUGUGAGACUAGAUAAUAAUCCAAUUACUAAAUAAUGGGGAUUGGGAAGAGCCUUUCCCUGUGGGUAGGCUAUUCAUUAUUUAUUCUCUACAGGGUUUGUUACAUCUGCUGGACUACUAGCCUCAUCCAGUAUGGCGAUUCCUGUAGUCCAAGCACCUGCUUUGGAGAGUUGUGUAAAGAACCAUAAGAUGGACACCUUGGGAAUAUUACAGUGCAACACAUGGGACAUUUCUGGGUCUGGACAUGGCGUAAAUGAUUCCUCCCUUCUCUCCUUGAGAUUCCACUGCCCGCUAUCCAAAAUGACAGUUUUCAACAUGUUAUGGUAUUUUCAGGACGUAGCCUGCAGCCAUAGCUGCAGCAGUGCACUUUUGUCUAGUGCAGAUGGACCCUGUACUUGAGAUUUUUUUCCUUUAGGUUGAGUGCUUGGUGUAAAAGAGAAAUGUCAAAAUAUUGGCAAUACGGUACCCUCUUUGAAGAAUAUCAUUGCAAGCAACACAAAUUUUGUUCUCUGAGCUAGCUGCUGGUGACUGAAUACCACAUUAUUUUGCAGCAGCUGUUCCUGGUUGGAGUAACAUUGGAGGGUUCUGCAUCCUGGUCUUUUUGCUGAAGAAAGAAGGGUUUGUGGAUGCACUUAGAUGUUUGCAAUGAGCACUGUGGCUGGCAUGCCCCAGUGUUUUGGAUACCAAUGCAUAGGACUCCGUAGUAAUCGAAUUUAUCAGAAACGAACGUCAUGAGCAUAGUGAUCCCAUUGGGGGUUGAUACAGCAGAACCUUCUUAUUUGGAAAUGGCUGCAGGCUCAGAACCAGAAUCUGUAGAAGCUAGCCCAGUGGUAGUUGAAAAAUCAAACAGUUACCCACACCAGUUUUAUACCAGCAGCUCUCAUCAUUCACACAGUUACAUUGGUUUGCCUUAUGCGGACCAUAACUAUGGUGCUCGUCCUCCUCCAACGCCUCCAGCAUCUCCUCCUCCAUCCGUUCUUAUUAGCAAGAAUGAAGUAGGCAUAUUUACCACUCCCAAUUUUGAUGAAACUUCCAGUGCUACUACCAUCAGUACGUCAGAGGAUGGAAGCUAUGGAACUGAUAUUACCAGGUGCAUUUGUGGCUUUACCCAUGAUGAUGGAUACAUGAUCUGUUGUGACAAAUGCAGGAGUUUAGAUAAAGAAAGGGCUGUGCUGCUGCAGCGAAGAAAAAGAGAAAAUAUGUCAGAUGGGGAUACCAGUGCAACAGAAAGUGGUGAUGAGGUUCCUGUAGAACUGUAUACAGCUUUUCAGCACACACCAACUACAAUUACUCUAACUGCUACCAGAGUUACUAAGGUCAAUGACAAGAAAAGGAAAAAAAGUGGGGAGAAAGAACAGAACAUUGCAAAAUGUAAAAAAGCUUUCCGUGAAGGAUCUAGGAAAUCUUCAAGAGUAAAGGGUUCAGCUCCAGAAAUUGAUCCUACUGAUAUUUCAAACUUUGGAUGGGAAACUAAAAUCAAGGCAUGGAUGGAUCGUUAUGAAGAAGCAAAUAACAACCAGUACAGUGAAGGUGUUCAGAGAGAGGCUCAAAGAAUAGCUCUGAGAUCAGGCAAUGGAAACGACAAAAAAGAAGUCAACACCAGCAAUCUCAUCUUCAAACCUCCAGUAGAGAGCUAUGUGCAAAAAAACAAGAAAAUUCUGAAAGCUGCCAAAGACUUGCCUCCAGAUGCACUUAUUAUUGAAUACAGAGGAAAAUUCAUGCUGAGAGAACAAUUUGAAGCUAAUGGCUAUUUCUUUAAAAGGCCAUACCCUUUUGUUUUGUUCUAUUCAAAAUUCCAUGGGCUAGAAAUGUGUGUUGAUGCACGAACCUUUGGAAAUGAAGCUCGUUUCAUCAGACGUUCUUGUACACCAAAUGCUGAGGUGAGGCAUGUAACUGAAGAUGGCACGAUUCAUCUUUAUAUUUACUCCAUCCAAAACAUUCCAAAGGGAACAGAAAUUACUAUCGCAUUUGAUUUUGAUUAUGGAAAUUGUAAAUAUAAAGUGGAUUGUGCUUGCCUCAAAGAAAAUCCGGAGUGUCCAGUUCUUAAACGUGGUUCUGAGCCUACAGAAAACAUCAACACUGGGUAUGAGACCAGAAGAAAAAAGGGAAAGAAAGAGAGAGACAUUUCAAGAGAGAAAGAAACUCAAAAUCAGAAUAUCACGCUGGAUUGUGAAGGAGCAGCUACUAAAAUGAAACUCCCAGAUAAUAAGCAGAGGAAACUCUCUCCCCUCAGACUGUCCAUUUCCAAUAACCAGGAGCCAGAUUUUAUUGAUGAUAUAGAAGAAAAAACUCCCAUUAGCAAUGAAGUAGAAAUGGAAUCAGAGGAGCAGAUUGCAGAAAGGAAAAGGAAGAUGACAAGAGAAGAACGGAAAAUGGAAGCUAUCCUCCAAGCUUUUGCUAGACUAGAAAAAAGAGAAAAAAGAAGAGAGCAGGCUUUGGAAAGAAUCAGCACAGCUAAAACUGAAGUUAAGUCAGAAUGCAAGGAAGCACAGAUUAUCAAUGACACAGAAUUCAUUCAGGAACCAGCAAAAGAAGAAACUGCCACCAAGCCAGCCCCUGCCAAAGUUAAUAGAGCUAAACAGAGAAAAAGUUUCUCUCGGAGCAGGACUCAUAUUGGACAGCAGCGUAGACGACACAGAACUGUGAGCAUGUGCUCAGAUAUCCAGCCAUCUUCUCCUGAUGUGGAAGUUACUUCACAACACAAUGAAACGGAGAACCCUGCACUUGCAACUGAGCCUGAAACAGAAACUACUGUUGCAGAAAUAGUUGCUGAAAUGGAAGCUCCAGCACUUAAUAAAUGCCCUACUAAGUAUCCUAAAACAAAGAAGCACUUGGUCAGUGAAUGGUUAAGUGAGAAGAAUGAGAAGACGGGAAAGCCUAUGGACAGCCUUUCAGAAAGGCCUCUGCGCAUAACUACAGAUCCUGAAGUUCUGGCUACACAACUGAAUUCUUUACCAGGUCUCACUUACAGUCCACAUGUAUAUUCUACUCCUAAGCACUAUAUUCGUUUUACUUCACCAUUCCUUUCGGAAAAGAGGAGGAGAAAAGAACCCGUGGAAAACCUAACUGGGUCUUGUAAGAAGCGUUGGCUGAAGCAAGCUUUGGAAGAAGAAAAUUCAACGAUGAUUGAUAAAUAUAAUUCGCCAUCUCGAGAGAGAUCCAGAAGUCCUGCAAUCAAUGGUGAAAAUAAAAGUCCAUUAUUACUGAGUGACAGCUGCUCCUUAACAGAUCUAACCACACCGUUAAAAAAACGAAGACUGUAUCAGUUGCUGGAUCCUGCUUAUUCAGAAACUUCAACACCUACACCGUCUCCAUAUGCCACACCAACUCAUGCUGAUAUCACUGCCACAGACUCAUCAUUGUUUGCUACUCCUCCUAGGAUAAAAGCAGAAGACGAUACUUGUAGAAAUGGUUACAAACCCAUAUAUUCACCAGUUACCCCUGUAACUCCAUCUCUACAUGGAAAUGCCAUGCACUUUGAGAAUAUUUCCUCACCUGACAGUUCUCCAGAAAUUAAGAGGCGAGCUUAUAGUCAAGAGGGAUAUGAGAGAUCAUCGAUUCUAGCACUGAAUUCUUUCAGAAAUUCCAACCUGACAGAAAUGAGCCUGCAAGAAAUAAAGACGAUUGGAUAUUCCAGUCCAAGGAACAGGACCGAUGUCACCAGGCAGUGCACUGGAGAAAAAGAAUCUGUGUCAGACCUCCAGUUGGGACUCGAAGUAAUUGAGCAAAGUGCACUGCAUAAAAACCUGGAAGCCCCCUCACAUGAUAGGACUGAUUCAAGCAGCCAGUUAGAAACAGCUCACUGUGGACGGGGCACGGUUUAUUCCUGGGUAAAAAGUCCCGAUAGGACAGGUGUAAAUUUCUCAAUGAAUUCUAAUUUAAGGGACUUGACACCUUCGCAUCAGUUGGAAGUAGGAGGUGGAUUCCGAAUAAAUGACUCAAAGUGCCUGAUUCAAGAUGACGGUAGAGGCAUGUUCAUGGAAGCAUCUGUUUUUUGUACUACAGAAGAUGGAAUUGCAUCUGGCUUUGGAAGGACUGUCAAUAAUGACAACUUGAUAGAUGGAAAUUGCACUCCCCAGAAUCCUCCACAAAAGAAAAAGGUAUCAUUAUUAGAAUAUCGUAAGAGACAAAGGGAAGCUAGAAAAAGUGGCUCCAAGGCAGAAAACUUUUCCCUGGUUACUAUGUCUCCUCAUGCUGCUGGUGGAGGAAGUAUAAGCAGUAAUAGUGGUGCUAGUGAUGGAUAUAACAACAGUGGUGGUGAAAACGGAGAGCAAACUGAUAACACCACAAACCUACCUUUGCCACUGCCAACUACUGUUUAUAAUGCGGCUCCAGAAGAAAUUAACAGCAAUUGUCAAAUUAAAGAAGCUUCUUCUAGUGAGAAGAAUGAUCCAGAAGUUCAGUGGACCGCUUCAACAUCAGUGGAACAAGUGAGGGAACGAAGUUAUCAGAGAGCUUUACUUCUCAGCGAUCAUAGGAAGGAUAAGGACAGUGGGGGAGAAUCACCUUGUAGCCCAUGCUCACCGUCUCAUGCUCAGUCUCCACCUUCAUCUCACUCAAAUAUCAUUCCCCAGUUGCAACUUAAGGUCCCUCCUUUCACUGAACUUAUGGAAGAGCCCGAUCCUGAAAAUCCAGAGCCUGCAACUGAAUGUCCAUCUCCAGAUACUUCGCAAAAGACUUGCAAGAGUCCUUCAAAACUGAGCAAGCCUUCUUCACCAAAUUCUGGAGUUUCAACUCAGUCACUUGGGAAAACCCCCACAAAGCCAGAUCCCCACUGGGAAGCUGCUGCUAAUGCACCCGAGGCUGAGAACCUGAAUCAUCCAAAACCUGAGCUGCAACAGAAACAGCUGACAAAUAACGUCCAAGCACUUUCAAAAAAUCACCCGUCGCAGUCACAUUUGCGCAGUUCGAGUGAGCAACUUUCACAUUCACAGAAGCUGCCUUCUGCACCUUUAAAGCUGCAUUGUCCCCCUUCACCUCAUGUAGAAAAUCCUCCCAAGUCAUCUACUCCCCACACACCUGUACAGCAUGGGUAUCUGUCACCAAAGCCUCAUUCUCAGCAGUUGGGAUCUCCAUACAGACCUCAUCAUCCCCAGUCACCUCAAGUUGGAGCACCUCAGAGAGAGACCCACAGAAGUUUUUAUCCAGCCACACAGAACCUGCAGCCUAGUAAUCAGCAGCAGGCUAGUGGACCGAUAUUUACUCAGACAUCUUCAGGACAAUCUUCAGCUUCUUAUAGCCAGUUUAAUCAACAAAAUCUGAACAACAGUGCACCACCUCCACCCCCACCUCCACCUCCUUCUUCUACUUAUUAUCAAAACCAGCAGCCCUCUGGAAACUUUCAGAAUUAUAAUCAGCUAAAGGGUAACAUGCCCCAACAAACUGUGUUUUCAUCUGGGCCAAAUCAAGCACUUCCUGGUGCUGCAGGCCAGCAAGCAGUUCCGGGACACCAUGUAACUGCAGGGCACUUUUUGCCAUCUCAGAACCCCAGUAUUCACCAUCAGGCUUCAGCAUCUGCUGCUCCGCCACCACCGCCACCACCGCCUGCACCUGGACCUCAUCUUGUACAGCAGCAAAGUUCCCAUCAGCAGCAUUCUGUAGCACACGUUGUAGGGCCAGUUCAUGCAGUGGCGGUAACUCCUGGGUCGCACAUUCAUUCUCAAGCUGCUGGUCACCAUUUGCCGCCUCCACCUCCACCGCCAGGUCCGUUACCCCACCAUCAGCCUCCUCAUCCCACAACAGGACACCAAGGGUUGCAAGCACAACACCAGCAUGUAGUGAAUUCAGCUCCUCCUCCACCCCCACCCCCACCCUCCAACGUUUUAGGCUCUGGGCACCACCCAGCAUCAGCACAAGGGUUACAUCACACCUCUCAUCAAGGACCCCCGCAUUUUCCUUCAAAUGCUCAUUCAAGUGUAUCUUCCUAUUCAUCACAAGCCCCACAUCAUACAACCCUGGGACCUGGACCUCAACAUCAGCCUGCUGGAACAGGACCCCACUGUCCGCUACCAGGUCAAGGUCCUCAUAUCCAGCCUCAAGGACCAAACAGUAUUCCAACGCCUACUGCUUCAGGGUUCUGUCCUCAUCCUGGCUCUGUUACCCUUCCCCACGGAGUGCAAGGACCUCAGCAGGCAUCUCCAGUGCCUGGACAAAUUCCAAUUCACAGAGCACAGGUGCCACCGACUUUUCAAAACAAUUACCAUGGUUCAGGAUGGCAUUAAAACAAACCCCUUCAUUCUAAACAUUUUUAAAAUGUUCUGUAAGAUAAACUGUGUAUAUUUCAUAUGUACCUGUUCAAGGUACUUUUUAAAGCUUGUACAUGAUACUUUGUAUAAAAGCAAACACCAGUGCUCUUUCAUUGUAUUCUUUCCAUUUUUUGCUUUUUAAAAUUCCUGAAAAUGUGCUGUUAAGCCAGUAUUAGGUAUUUCUUUUUAUUUUGUAAGUGAACAUUCCAGCUGUUUUUUCUGGCAGUAGAUUUGAUGCUGCAUAAUCUUUAAAUUUUAUUGUUGCAGUUAAAUUCAUUUAGUGAAUGUUUUCUAUAUUACUUUUUAUACAUAUGUAAUUAAAUAAGUACACAGCUAAGUGAUGGCACUAACAGGUUUUUCAUUUUCUUCUGUCAACAGUUUUGUGUGCAAAUAGAUAGAAAACAAUGCAAUACAGACUUUUAUAGUUUGGUGUGGACAUGGCUUUUUGUUUCAUCAGUUAUUUGCAGAAAAUGUAAUUUAAUGUAUAGACUGUUUCUAAUGUCUGACAAGUGCUGUAAAUACUGUAUUUCUUUUGCGUGUAAAAUUGCUUAAGGCUUCUUUCAUUUGAUAUAGUAUUGUACAUAAUGACAGGUCUCUUUUGCAAAAAAUGUGUGAUCUUUGUGGAAGUAGUACAGUAUAUGAUCUUUAAUUUUUUUAAUAUACUGUCACAUUGCAGCACUGGUUGGGCAUUUUAAUUCAUGUUAAUAAAUCACAACUAUGUCAGUUUUAAUACA